AUGUAUAAACAAUACACGACUUGGAUAUAUCAUGGAGAGAGUGUUCAAAACUCAAAUAAUGAUCAAGUUGAGCUUGGUGUUAAUGAUAUAGAAGACCAAAGUGGAAAUGCUGAUGAGGUGCAUGAAUACUUGGAAGACAUACGGAUUGGAGAAUACAUGAAUAUUGAACAAGAAGAUAUUCAACAUAAUAGUAGUCCACUUAAUAUCCCUGAGGGUGAGGGGGAAGGGGGUGCAGAUAGGUUUGCGAGAUUGUUGCAAGAUUCACAAUGUGAGGUGUAUCCAGGUUGUCAAAAAUUCACAAAGUUGUCUUGUAUUCUUAGGUUACGCCAUCUAAAAGUUAUGAAUCGAUGGACUAACAAGUCGCUCACUAUGUUACUUGAGUUUCUUAAAGAGUUGCUGCCAAAAGAUGAGACAUUGCCAAAAUCCCAUUACGAGCUUAAAAAAAUAUUGCGUGAUUUAGGACUUGGCUAUGAGACGAUUCAUGCCUGUAAACAUGAUUGUGUACUCUUUUGGAAGGAAUAUGAGCAUAAUGAGGAGUGUCCUAAAUGUGGUGCACCUCGGUAUAAAUUCCAUGAAGGCAAAAGGAAAAAAGUUCCUCAGAAGGUUCUUCGAUAUUUUCCCUUGAAACCAAGGUUUCAAAGAUUGUAUAUGUCAAGAAAGACCGCGAAAGAUAUGAGGUGGCAUAAGGAAAAACGUGUUAAGGAGACGAAUGUUUUAAAACAUCCGGCAGAUUCUAGAGCUUGGGAGGAAUUUGAUAAUCAACAUGCAUACAAUGUGGCACCUUGGAAAUUGAUGAGGGAUCCAUAUGUGUUCAUGCCGUUGCUUAUUCCCGGUCCAAAAUCACCUGGAAAGGACAUUGACGUGUAUUUGAGACCAUUGAUAGAUAAGUUAAAAGAAUUGUGGGUGGAUGGUGUCUCAACUUUUGAUGCAUGUACUGGAAGAAAAUUUAAAUUACAUGCGGCAUGUCUAUGGACUUUAAAUGACCUUCCUGCUUUAGCGGAUUUGUCCGAUUGGUGUACGAAGGGGUACAUGCGGAAUCGUUCGAAGCAAUUUGAUGGUUAUAAGGAGCACAGAUUACCACCUAAGGAGUUGUCUGGGGAUGAGAUUCUAGAAAAAUUAGAACAAUUAGAUCAUAUAAGGGAUGUCAAUUUCGAGAAGGUACCAAAUAUUAAAAAGAGGAAACGUACUACAAUCGAGCUUAAUUGGACAAAAACAAGCAUUUUUUUUGAAUUACCAUAUUGGAGAUUGCUCAAGUUACAGCACAACCUUGAUAUCAUGCACAUCGAGAAAAAUAUCUGUGACAAUGUGUUGGGGACCUUGAUGAAUAUUGAAGGGAAAACAAAAGAUAGUUUGAAGGCUCGUCUGGAUUUACAAGAGAUGGGAAUAAGAAAAGAAUUGCAUCUUAUCUCUACUGGUGCAAAAUAUGUGAUGCCACCUGCAUGUUACACACUGUCAACAAAAGAAAAAAAGGAGUUUUGUGAAUGGUUGAAGACAAUUAAAUUUCUAGAUGGAUAUGCAUCUAACAUAUCUCGGUGUGUUAAUGUUGCAGAAUGCAAAAUAUACGGGAUGAAAAGUCAUGACUCGCAUGUUCUUCUGCAGCGACUCUUACCCAUCGGCAUUCGUGGUUGCUUAGAUCAUGAUAUUUGUAAUGCAUUGGUUGAACUUGGCAUUUUCUUUAAGGAGUUGUGUUGUAGGACGUUAAAGGUUGAAGUGCUAGAAGCUCUUGAGAGGGAUAUUGCUCUUAUACUUUGCAAGUUAGAGAUGAUCUUCCCUCCAACAUUUUUUGAUAUCAUGGUUCAUCUUGCUGUGCAUUUGCCCCGGGAGGCACUCAUAGCUGGUCCUGUACAAUAUCGAUGGAUGUACCCUAUUGAAAUAUUUUUGUGCACUCUUAAGUCAUACGUGCGCAACAAAGCACGCCCGGAGUGUUUAAUUGCUGAAGCUUACGUGGAUAGUGAAUGCAUAACUUUUUGUUCUUUGUAUCUCAGUGGAGUUGAGACACGGUUUAACCGUGAGGAACGGAAUUAUGAGGGAGAUCAAACUGUGCAAGGAGCUUCCUUGUAUGUAUUUAGACAAGUCCUUCGUCCAUUAGGUUCCUCAAGUUAUGAUACAUUGGAUUUGAUGGACAUUGAUAGGGCUCAUUUAUAUAUCAAGCAACUGAGACAACUAAAGGACUCAUCAAUAAAUGAUGAUACUUUUUCAUUAGCAUGUGGACCUGAACGACGAGUCAAACGAUACUCUGGUUGCAUUGUAAAUGGAUCAAGAUUUCACACAAAGGAUAGGGAGCAAAAUCGAAAAACUCAAAAUAGUGGUAUAUCUGUUAAAUGUGAAGGCGUUGAAUAUUAUGGUGUUUUAACAGAUGUAAUUGAGUUGAAAUACAUUCUAGGUAGAAAGGUUUUCAUUUUCAAGUGUGAUUGGAGGGAUGUUACUACAAAGCUGGGUAUACACAAAGAUCCCCACUUCACUAGCGUUAAUGUAUCACGUCAAUCGUACGAGGAUCAGCCGUUUGUUCUACCUCAACAAGUCCAACAAGUCUUUUAUGUGAAGGACACCAAAUUACGGGGUUCAUGGGAGGUGGUUCAGAAAAUAACUUGUAGAAGAAUAUUUGAUGUUUCAGUGGUGGAAGAUGGAAAGAGAGAGGAAGAGGAAGAUGAAAAUAACACUGAGAAUGAUGCAUAUCAAGAGUCUGAGCCUUGCAUUGUUGAUGGGGUUGUACAAGAUUGCCCAAAUAUAGAUCAAUUGUCGUUAAAUAGGGAUGACAUCCCCAGUGAUCAGAUUGAUGUAGAAGUUGUUCACAAGUGUAGGCAAGACACCCAUGUGGUUGACAAUGAAGAUGUUGAACUAUUUGAUUCCACCACUGAUGAGGAAUAUACUUUGCCUACUGAUGAUGAUACUGACGAGAGUGAUUGGGAAGAGGGAUAG